AAUGCCAGUCCGUUCCAGCCCUGGAAUUUCGUUGAAAAUAGGCAUACGGUCACACUCGAAGUCUCCGUGGAACAAAAGGUAAAUAAUCAACCUGCAGGCACGCCAGGGGAUUCUUCAAGGAUCACCGAACACCACGCGCCCAUGGAAGCCGCCGAGCAGCGCGACCAGGCGGCAGCACCAGCUGCCCUUUGCGGGCCUUCACGAGCAGCCCACGCCGCAGCCGAGCAGGAAGAUCCAGACGUGGAGCAGCACCGGGGCCAGGAAUCGGCCAUUGGGUCGUGGGAGUGCGCUCCAACCCUGAGCAGCCGCAAGCGGCAGCUGAGUCGCUUCCAUCCAUACCACGGAUCCAACAUCCAGUUGGGCGACGACGCCACAGUGGCCUACCGGAGAGCAAGUUUUGCCGACGCCCUCACAUUUUCGGAGCGCCCGCUGGCCCCUGGUGACAUCUUCUUGGUGGAGAUCGAAAAGAUAGAGCGCGGCUGGUCGGGCCACAUGCGCCUUGGUCUCACUGAACUGGCGCCCAAUGUGAUUCGCACCAGCAGCGAGGGAUUACCCCAUUUCGCACUUCCCGACCUGGCUAACCUAGGCAACAGCUGGAUCUACCCAAUCUCGAAGUUCGAAAUGAACCAGCGCCAGGAGGCAAACGACAUCAUCGAGCCCGAGACGGAUGACGCGCCACACAGAAACCUUCUUGGCGACGCUACGCACGUGAGGACGCCUCGCGGCCUGCUACCAAAGAGACUCUUACGUCCGGCGAUGGGCAACGGCAAUGAUUCAGACAUCCUGCUCACGGACAAGGGCUCCCGCAUCGGCAUCAUCUACGUGCCCACGGUGCAAAGCGACUCGAAGGGCGAGCUGCACUUCAUCAUCAAUGGGGUGGACCGUGGCCCCGUUUCCCGAGACAUUCCGCUCAACAGAGCGCCUCUGUUCGUGGUGAUCGAUGUGUACGGCACCACCAAGCAGAUUCGAAUUAUCCAGCUGGAGGGCAUAUUGUCCCUGCAGAGCGCUUGUCGCAACGUGAUCCUAGAGAACUUUGCGGAGGACGCGAUCAGUGAGCUGCCGCUACCGGAGAGCAUCAAACGAUUCCUGCUGCGCCGUGACUAGGGCUCUGGACCAUGAGCUCUAUGCAAUAGGGCCCAGUGUGUGUGAAUGAGAAAUGCGUGUGUGAGGAAGUGUGCAUGAGCCUGGGUCGUGAUAGUCUGUUUACCCAUAUAUAUAUAUUUUAUACGCCUGCAGCUCUAGUGAAGUGCCCGUUCAUUGACGCCCUACUCCGGACCCUAACAGAUUUACGGAAUUGGCCGAUCUCCGCUAGACGGCGCUAAUAUUUGUAAUUUCUGUAGAUAUAUAUUUUUACUUUGGUUCUAGUUACCAAUACACACUUUACCUGGACGACCCUAUGUUGUAGAGCAUAAUCCUCGCCAGCGUGUGUGUAUGUGUGGCUCGCCCAACACCAGCGGAGGUCUUCUGGGCGCCCUGUCUUUUAGCGUUUCGGUCCUCAAGGCGAUUUCCGUUUCCAUUACCGCCUAAGCGUAUUGUUGCUAUAUGUAAGUUAAGUCCCCUAAAUAAAGGAUCGAUCAAAGUCGCUGUAACUGCUAAAAUCUUACUUUUAACUAAUCCGUUUAUUCAAGAGUGGAUGUGCAUUUAGAAAGUGUGGGUACAAAA